CAUUGUACAGACCCACCCCUCUGUCCCAAACCCCACUCCCUCUCUCUCUUCCUUUAUACCCUAAAAAGCAGCGGUUGGGUUCCUUCAUAAGGCCCCUCUCUCGCUGCACACUCUAUUCACCGAAACUUCGAACCAGAGAGAAAGAGUCUGCAAAAAUACAAAACUCUUUCAUCUCUCUCUAUUCUUCUUUUGUUCUUAUUUCAACCCAGAUUGUCAUUUUAAUCAUUCGUUUUAAAAGUUUUGAUUUUUUGUGAAUUUUUAAGAAAAGGGUUUUUGGGAAUGGCACCAAGUUUUGAUUGUGUUUCUAGUCUCCUUUGCACUGAGGAUAGCAGUGUUUUUGAUGAUGCUCAAUUUGAGGAUACCAUGGAAGAGGAUUCGUGGCGUCCUAGGUACCAACAUCAGACGAACCAAAACCAUAGUGUCCCAGAUGAGAUGCCAUUGCAGAGUGAAGAGUGUUUGAUGUUGAUGUUGGAAAAGGAAUGUCAACAAUGGCCUGGUUCUGAUUACUUGAAUAGGUUCAAGUUUGGGGAUGAUUUGGACUUUGGGGCUAGAAACGAAGCCAUCGAUUGGAUUCAAAAGGUUCAAUCAUAUUUCGGAUUUGGUCCUCUAUGUGCAUAUCUAUCCAUUAAUUACAUGGAUCGAUUCCUUUCAGCAUAUGAAUUACCAAAGGGAAGAACUUGGACAAUGCAAUUGUUGGCUGUAUCCUGCUUAUCUUUGGCAGCCAAAGUAGAGGAGACCGAUGUUCCGCAAACUCUUGAUUUACAAGUUGGUGAUUCGAAGUUUGUAUUUGAAGCUAAAACCAUACAGCGAAUGGAACUUCUAAUACUGACCACAUUGAAGUGGAGAAUGCAAUCAAUUACUCCUUUCUCAUUCAUUGAAUAUUUCCUUUCUAAGAUUAAUGAUGAUCAGAGUUCAUUAAGAUCUUCAAUUUCACAAUCUACCCAACUUAUAAUAAGCACCAUUAAAGGUAUCGACUUCUUGGAAUUCAAACCAUCAGAGAUUGCAGCGGCAGUUGCAACAUGUGUUGUUUCCGAAACCCAAGCAAUUGAUACUAACAAAGCAAUUUCUACUCUGAUUCAACACAUAGAAAAGGAGAGACUAUUGAAGUGUAUUGAAAAGGUUCAAGAGUUGUCAUUGAACAAUGCAUCUGUUAAGGAUUCAAUUGUUGCAUCUACUAUCCCUUGUGUGCCUCAAAGCCCAAUAGGUGUUUUGGAUAAUACUUUGUGCUUCAGCUACAAAAGUGAUGAAACAAAUGCUGGUUCAUGUUCAUCUUCACAUAGUAGCCCAGAUGCUAAGAGAAGGAAGCCAAACAAAACCUGUGGAGAAGAUCUUUUAUAGUAGAAUUUUAUCAUCAUCAUCAUAAUCCAUAAGAUACUUUUUCCAUAAAAGGACAUUAUACAUUAUGUGUGUUUUAUGGAAGGUGUCCCCUCAAUUCAAUACCCAAAAAAGAAAGCAAGAGAUAAGCUAUAAAUAAUUUAUAAAAAAAUAAAAAAAUAUAUAGUCAACAACCUAAUGCAAAACUAUAAGGUGGAUCAUAAGUUGAAGAUGGGUGAUCAAUGAAUAGUCCAUGCUAUUGGCAUGGACUGAGUAAUUACCACCAGCUGUUAAAUAUUUUGCAUCUUUUUUAACAGUUGUAUUAUUUAGUCACAGUUUAUUAUUUAUGUAUGUAAUUAGAGAGUCUUAAGGUUUUUCAUUUGUUCAAUUGUUCUAUAUUUGAUAUAUAAUAUUAUGAAUAGACUUACAAGAGAUAACUAGUAGUGCA